AUGCUCGCAGCCGACAAGCUCCUGCUCCAGUCCUCAAUACGACAAAACUCCAUCGCCCUCAAGGAGAAGGAGUUCAACCUGCACCAUGGGAAUUUCAACGCCGUCGGCACGCAAGCCGCGGUGCUGGCGGGCUUCACCGUGACGGCGUUCAUCGAGUUCGACUGCCCGCCGGACACGAACCGCGCGACGAAGUUCGCGUACUACGUGUCGUCGAUCGUGUCGCUCGCGGCGAACAUCCUGUGCGUCGCGAACACGACGUUCCUGUCCGUCUGGGGCACGGGCCUCGCGAUGCGCGGGCCCGACGGCUCGAUGGCGCGCGCGGUCGACGGCAUGUACCAGCUGCGGCGGAACGUGUUCGCGCUCUUCGGGCUCGGCAUGAUGGCGCUCCUCGUCACGGCCAUCUUCGGCUCGUGGAUCCUCAUGAACGUCGAGGCGGCGGCCGCGUCGACCUGUGUGGAAAUCAAAAUUUUACGGCGCGUUCGUGCUGAAUCGCCGCGUCGUCCUCCACGCCAUCGACGCGACGCCUGCUCGAUGGCGUGGCGAUGCCGGUUCCUCGCCGCUCGACCGAGCCAGGACAGCCGCGCCAUCGCCGCGAGGUGACUUAGUGAAGAAUUGUCCGGUGCACCGAACACACUGGUUGAUUUCCACACAGGCGUCGACGGCCGUCCUCGCGUACUCGAUCUACAUGACGUGGAAGUCCUACCGGUCCAUCACGAACAUGUUCCACUUCAACGAGGACGACGCCGUUUCCUUCGACGACCUCCUCGACGCCACGCAGACGCUCAUCCCCAAGGGCGGCGCGGCGGCGCGCGAGUCCGUCGUCGAGAGGCGAGGCUUCGCGGCGAGCGGCGACGGCAUGGGGUCGCCGCACCCGUCGGCCACGCGCCUCAACGCCGGCGCCGAAGUCGUCUGA